UGAAAGGAUAAUGGUUUCUCUGACAGUGUGAGCUGCAUCAAUCCCCCAAAUCCUAAAUUAAACUCACUGCUGUGUCAGGGAAAUUUUUACUCCACUGCCAGAUAGGGGCAAUUUUCCUGUUCUGGGAAUUGUACGGGUUUUUAAUGGGCCUGGUCCUUUUCAUGAAUUUUUGUGGCUAUGGUAAGAUUUCAUUUGAGGCAGAAUUUGAUUGCAUUGGAUUUGCCGUCCGAUGACAGCUUUCUCUAAAAAAGGAUUACACUACACUGAGAAAGAAAAUUACAAUGGCCAAGGUAAUCAAUACUCACCAUACUUAUGGCGCAGUACCAAAAGUAUCAAUACAAUACAUGGAUGAAGAGAUCAUAAGAAUGGAAAAUGGUGAAUGCAGUUUACUAAAUAAUCAAGAAGUGGACAACGAUGGCUUACAUACAGAAGGACAUACAAAAUGCCACAGUAUAUAUUCAACCAAGAACCGAGUACACGCAGUGACUGCAUCGCUACACAGGGAGCAGCACCUUCCUGGUACUACCGCAGUCUGUAGCAACACCAACAACAACAACAACAAAGAUGAAGAGGAAAAAAAGAAAAAGAAAAAAGAAAAAAAGAGUAAAUCUGAGCCCAAAAAGGAAAAGAAAAAAGACAAAGACAAAGAAAAGAAGAAAGAUAAAGAAAAAGGUGCAAAAGACAAAAAGGAAAAAGAAAAUAAAGAUAAUGGAAAAGAAAAGGAGAAAAAAGAACCAGAGAAGGAGAAAGAAAAGACUGACAAAGACAAAGAUAAGGAUAAAGAGAAAGACAAAAAAGACCAGCCAAAGAAAGAAAUCUAUGUUAUUGACCCAGCAGGGAAUGCUUAUUACAAUUGGCUAUUUUGCAUUACAAUGCCAGUAAUGUACAACUGGACCAUGAUUAUUGCAAGGGCAUGUUUUGAUGAACUUCAGCAAGACUAUUUGGAAGUAUGGUUUGUGGUAGACUACCUGUCUGAUUUUAUCUACAUAGCAGACAUGUUUGUUAGAACAAGAACAGGUUAUUUGGAACAAGGUCUAUUGGUAAAAGAUGAAGGCAAACUAAGAGACAAGUACAAAAAGACGUUACAAUUUAAGCUGGAUGUUUUGUCCAUCAUACCAACAGACAUACUGUAUCUUAAAUUUGGAUUAAACUACCCAGAAUUCAGGCUGAAUAAAUUACUCCGAGUUGCUCGAAUGUUUGAGUUUUUCCAACGAACUGAGACGCGAACCAACUAUCCAAACAUCUUUAGAAUAUCUAACCUCAUCAUGUACAUCGUAAUCAUUAUCCACUGGAAUGCUUGUGUAUUCUACUCAAUUUCAAAAGCUAUAGGGUUUGGAGCAGACACAUGGGUCUAUCCUAACACAUCAGACCCAGAAUACGGCCGCUUGGCUAGAAAAUAUGUGUACAGUCUCUACUGGUCAACACUAACCCUAACAACCAUCGGUGAAACACCACCUCCUGUGCAAGACUCUGAAUUCUGGUUUGUGGUUGCUGACUUUUUAGUGGGAGUAUUGAUUUUCGCUACUAUCGUCGGUAACGUUGGUUCCAUGAUUUCAAACAUGAAUGCUGCCAGGGCAGAAUUCCAAGGCAGAAUUGAUGCCAUCAAGCAGUACAUGCAUUUCCGUAAAGUCAGUAAAGAUUUGGAAAAAAGAGUAAUUAAGUGGUUUGACUACUUGUGGACAAACAAAAAAGCUGUUGAUGAAAGAGAUGUGUUGAAAUACCUACCAGACAAAUUAAGGGCAGAGAUAGCUAUCAAUGUCCAUCUAGAUACAUUGAAAAAAGUCCGUAUCUUUGCAGAUUGUGAAGCUGGACUCUUGGUUGAAUUAGUCUUGAAGCUGCAACCUCAAGUAUAUAGCCCCGGAGAUUACAUUUGUAGGAAAGGUGAUAUCGGAAGGGAAAUGUAUAUCAUCAAAGAGGGUAAGCUUGCUGUUGUAGCAGAUGAUGGUAUUACACAAUUUGUGGUUUUAAGUGAUGGCAGCUACUUUGGAGAAAUUAGUAUUCUUAACAUAAAAGGCAGUAAAGCUGGUAACAGAAGAACAGCAAAUAUCAAAAGUAUUGGAUAUUCUGAUCUCUUCUGCCUGUCCAAAGAUGACCUUAUGGAAGCUUUGACAGAAUAUCCUGAUGCAAAAGCCAUGCUAGAGGAAAAAGGAAGGCAAAUUUUAAUGAAGGAUGGUCUUCUCGAUUUAGAUGUUGCUAACUCUGGUGUUGACCCCAAAGACAUUGAGGAGAAGGUAGCUCACAUGGAAGGUUUGGUGGAUAACUUGCAAACCAAAUUUGCUAGACUGUUGGCAGAGUAUGAUUCAGCGCAACAGAAACUUAAACAGAGAGUUACCAAAAUUGAGCACAUGUUAAAGCCUGAGCCGGAAGUUUUGGAGGCUGCAGAUCCAGAAGCAGCAAAGCAAGAAACUGAGCCACUGCCAAAAGAAUAAAGUAAUUUACCAACGUUUUGGAGUUGAGCCAAUUGACUCUGCUGGUAUCUGAUAGUGGAUUGUUAUCAAUCCUUUGUUUAUAAGAGGCACAUAAAGACAAUACCAACCUGUCACAUAAAAAUAGAGAACUCUGCCUCUGUCUGCAAAAUAAAUGGAUAUCCUACAGUAUAUUAGGAUAUAUAUAUAUAACAUGGACAAGCAAGUUAAUCAGCAUCUCAGCUGCGAUUGUUUUUUUGGCUAUGGAGACUUUACAUAGAACUGAACUGAGAUAUUUGGAUGAUUAUUUGGUGUACAAUUGUAUAAUUUUGUUCUGUUACUUUAGCAUGAUGAUCGAAAUUAAGAUUUUAGCAUCACACACUAUAAUAAUCACUGAGAAUAUUUAAUACAAAUGAAAAAUGGUCAAUAAACAGUGAUAUUUAAACAAAAAGUUAGAAUCUAUACAUAUUCUUUUAAUGGAAUUUAAAGGAACAUCCCAAGUUGGAUACCUUCACACAACUUGAGGGAUGGCAUGGGCAUACAGCAUGUCCAUGUGCAAAGAAAUAUACAGUAAUUAUUUUUAUUUUUAAAUUAAUACCCAAAUGGCUAGUUAUUUUAAUUCAAUUUUGAUUU